UUUUCCCUACCACUCUACCAGCGACUUCUUUAUGAAACCCCAAUUGACAACCUUUUCCUUCUUUCUCUUCAUCAUCAACAAUGUUAUCAUCUCUUCGCCGUUCAGUAUUUCACUUCAAUGGAGGUAAUAGUAAUUCAAUAACUCUCUCUUAUUAGGUUAAGGAGAUCUAUUUUUAUUCACAACAUCCAUUCUUCAUCUUCUUCGUUUGUAGUGAAUUACUUAAUCAAUUCAUGUGGAUUAUCUGAGGUUGAAGCUACUGCUGCUUCUAAAACUGUCAAUUUCAAUACUUCAACAAACCCAGAUUCUAACUCUACUUGAAAACAACGGAUUUACUAAACCUCACAUUUCCAGAACAAUUUCUAAGUUUCCCUCAAUACUUUUAUGCAAUCCUCAGAAAACCCUUGAACCAAAAUUCGAUUUUUUCAAAUCUAAAGGGUUUUUUUUUCUGGAAUUGAACUUGCCAAGUUCUUCUCUAGCAACCCAACUAUCCUUGACAGUAGCUUACAAGACAGAAUAGCCCCUUGCUGUGAUACCCUUAAGAACAUUUUUGAUGAUGACAAGAAUGUAGUUGACAUUAUCAAACGCCAUUCUUGGCUUCUCACUGAAAUUUUUUCUAUAAAAGAUAUGAUGGUGAAUAUUGGGAUUUUGAGAGAUGAAGGCGUCCCUCAACCCGAUGUUAUUAAGUUACUUAUCAAACAACCAAGUGCACUUACGAUUAGCACCAGUAAAUUUAAGGAGGUUGUACAAGAGAUUAAGAUUAUGGGUUUUCAUCCUUCAAAACCUAUAUUUCUUACUUGUCUCGAGGGAUUGACAUCCAUGAGCAAAGCCACCUGGGAAGCAAAAGUGAAUGUGUACAAGAAAUGGGGUUGGUCAGAAGACGAAAUUCAAAGUGCAUUUGAGAAGCAUCCUCAGUGUAUGAUCCAAUCCGAGAAGAAGACAAUGUCCACAAUGGAUUACCUGGUGAAUGAGAUGGGUUAUGUUGCAUCACUUAUUGCUAAAUGUCCACGGAUUCUUACUUAUAGCUUGGAGAAGAGGAUUAUGCCUAGAUGUGUUGUUAUUCAGCUUCUUGUUUCCCGGGGACAGAUUAAGAAACCUGCCUUAAGUGCAAUAUUAACAAUCUGUGAGAAUGCUUUCUUGAAGAAGUAUGUGAACAAGUAUGAGGCAAAAGUUCCAAAACUAUUGAAGUUGGGAAUGUAGGAUCUGGUCGCCAUUAAGGUAAAGUGGAAAAAGAGUGGAUUCAUGACUAUAUUAUUUGCAUAUUGAAUUUUGUG